AUGACCGUUCCUACCGAUGACAUGGAGAAGCUGCACCUCGAAGAAAGCUCCGAGGGGGAUUUCUGGAAUAUGUCCUCGAAACAGCGUCCAAAGCACAGCUCCGGAAAAUUCGCGGAAGAUGCUUCUUCGAACCAAGGUAUCCCGUCCUCUGAAGAAAGAGAGGUCGCUCUACGCGCCGAAUUGCAAAUGCUUCGCAACAUCAACAACGUGAUUGAAGGCACCAUCGACAGUUUAGAACGUGCCAAAGAUAAUAUGGGGAAUGUCUCCCGUACCGUUGAUUCAGCUUCCACCCUUCUCGAUACGUGGACGCGAGUCCUUUCGCAGACAGAACAUAACCAGAGACUGAUCCUGAACCCUUCUUGGCAAGGCGCAACGCAGGACAUCGCGAAGAUGGAGAACGAGGCUGCAUUAAAACAGCAGGCGGCCGAACGACGCGAAUUGGAACAGCAGCAACGAAAGGAAGCCUUGGCUCGAAAGGCCGCAGAGGAGGAACGUAAGAAGGCAGAAGCAGCAGCUGCAACGUCUCGAGGGCUACGGGGAGCAUCCUCAAGAGGGAGGACACGGGUUGCGGGACGCAACCCAUCUAUUUCCAGCACCGCGCAGACGGGGCAAACUAGUUUACGAAAUCAAAGUAGAGGCACUGCAGACGCGGCGCCAAGCUCGGUCCGCGCUUCAGGUCCGCCAAACGCAGAUCAUAACACCCAUAUCACCAUACUCCCUACUCCGCCAGGAGUUCUUCGUAUCUCGCUACUAUCGUCCAUGGGCAGAUAA